CAAUCAUCCUGUCACAGCGGGGCCAACAGCACGCUCAGCGGAAAAGGCCUUAUCUGAAAACACAAUGAGGGGGAGAUUUUCCCAUUCACAGCUUUACCUGCAAGGCUCUUUGUAUUGAAGGGCGGGACAUUCCCCGUAAACAGGCUGGUCGGUAGAGUGGUGGACGAAGGGGUGCCACGUUGCAAUGAUCCCGGACCAAUGCGGCUUACUCGAGCUGCUGUUGGAGUGCUGUCGUUCGUACAAAGAAGAACAGAAGAGGAGAGAGGAGCGGAACAGCUAAUCAGCUAAUGGAACUCUACCAGGUUGGAGGCAGUUUCCGUUGGAAUUUCAGGACCAUGGAUGGAGCUCCAUCCUGCUCGGAAUUGUGAAGAUCAAGCACAUUUUGGCACUUUCUUGUCCUCUUUUUCAGUGAAAAUAAUAGAAAAACUCUGAGCAUAUAGACAGGCUUCUUCCUUUAAUGCAAAAGCAGGACUGUUAGCCCGCACAGUGCGAUGGUCACAUGACUGCAGCAUGACCACCAGUCAGCCAAUCCACUGCUUCAGCUUGGCUUAGUGACCAAUCAGAGACCCCUUUCCACACAUGUGCGGCAUUUGCCAUGAAUCUGGCCGUGAAGCUGCGGAGGAACCUGAGGAGGCUGGUUAUCCUUCUCGCCACCUUCUGCAUGGUCAGUGUCAUCAUCUCCGCCUACUAUCUCUACGCAGGCUCUGCCCAGGAGCUGGACCUGGCGGACCGUGGCAUCGGCUCAGAUUGCGAUGACCUACGGGCGCUCCCUUUUCGGCAAGUCGAGCCACGGACGCCUAAGCCCAUGGACCCAUCGAGGAAAGACCCCGUGGUUCUGGUGUUUGUGGAGAGCCAGUACUCCCAGCUGGGGCAGGACAUCAUCGCCAUUCUGGAAUCUAACCAGUUCCGCUACCACGCUGAGAUUGCCCCAUGGAAGGGUGACAUUCCACCGCUGACCCACAAGGGCCGUGGUCGCUACGCGCUGGUCAUCUACGAGAACGUGCUUAAGUAUGCUGGGAUGGAUGCAUGGAACCGGGACUUGCUGGACAAGUACUGCGUGGAGUACAGUGUGGGUGUCAUCGCCUUCCACCGUGCUAGUGAGAACUCCCAGCCCGCCUUGCACCUCAAGGGCUUUCCGCUUAUGCUGCGGACCAACGUAGCACUGCGCGAUUGUUGUGUCAACCCUCGCUCACCCCUGCUCUAUGUCACAAGAGCAGAGGUGGACCGCGGACAACUUCCAGGGGAAGACUGGACCGUGUUCCAGUCAAACCACUCAACAUAUGAGCCGGUACUGCUGGCUAAGCCACGGCCUAACUCAGACAAUGCUAACAAGCAGAAUCAGGCAGGGCUGCAUGGGGUCCAGGCUACAGUGGUGCAGGACUUGGGACUCUAUGACGGGGUGCAGAGGGUGUUAUUCGGGCAAGGCCUGGGCUACUGGCUGCAUAGACUCAUACUGGUGGACGCCAUUGCAUACCUCACAGGCAGGAAACUGUCACGGUCGCUGGAGCGCUACAUCCUGGUGGACAUUGACGAUAUCUUUGUUGGGAAGAAAGGCACGAGGAUGAACGUGGACGAUGUGAAGGCUCUUCUGGAGACACAGAACAUGCUGCGGACUCAAAUUUCAAACUUCACCUUUAAUCUGGGCUUCUCGGGGAAGUUUUUCCACACAGGCACGCAGGAGGAAGAUGAAGGGGAUGAUCUCCUGCUGAAGUACGUGGAUGAGUUCUGGUGGUUUCCUCACAUGUGGAGUCACAUGCAGCCUCAUCUCUUUCACAACGAGUCGUCACUGAUGGAGCAGAUGAUUCUCAACAAGGACUUUGCACUGGAACAUGGUAUUCCUGUGGAUAUGGGGUAUGCAGUAGCCCCCCACCAUUCUGGAGUGUAUCCCGUCCAUAUGCAGCUUUAUGAAGCGUGGAAGAGAGCGUGGGGCAUCAGAGUGACCAGCACUGAAGAAUACCCUCAUCUCAAACCUGCCCGCUACCGCAAAGGCUUCAUACACAACGACAUCAUGGUGCUGCCACGUCAGACUUGUGGUUUGUUCACACACACCAUCUUCUAUAAGGAAUACCCUGGAGGCCCAAAAGAGUUGGACAAGAGCAUCCGAGGAGGAGAACUCUUUCUGACCGUCCUGCUCAACCCUAUCAGUAUCUUCAUGACUCAUCUGUCUAACUAUGGAAAUGACCGUUUGGGUCUGUACACGUUCGUCAACCUCGCCAACUUCUUGAAAUGCUGGACCAACCUGAGACUGCACACACUGCCUCCUCUGCAGCUCGCACAUUACUACUUCACACUCUUUCCCGAGCAGAGGAACCCACUCUGGCAGAACCCAUGUGAUGACAAGAGACACAAGGAUAUCUGGUCUAAAGAGAAGACGUGUGACAGACUCCCAAAGUUUAUGGUGGUUGGACCUCAGAAAACUGGCACCACAGCACUCUACCUCUUCCUCCUCAUGCAUCCCUCCAUCUCCAGCAGCUUCCCCAGCUCCAAAACUUUUGAGGAGGUGCAGUUCUUCAACACCAACAACUACCACAAAGGCAUCGACUGGUACAUGGAGUUUUUCCCCGUGCCAUCCAACGUCAGCACAGACUUCCUGUUUGAAAAAAGCGCCAACUACUUCCCCUCAGAGGACACGCCCAAAAGAGCCGCCGCGCUGCUCCCCAAAGCCAAGAUUCUCACUCUACUUAUCAACCCUUCUGAUAGGGCCUACAGCUGGUACCAGCACCAGAGGGCUCAUGAGGACCAAGUGGCACUGCGCUUCAGUUUCUAUGAGGUGAUUUCAGCCAAUCAGCACGCUCCGGCUGAGCUGCGCUCACUGCAGAACCGCUGCCUUGUCCCUGGCCUCUACGCCACACAUCUGGAGAGAUGGCUCACCUACUACUCACCCAGCCAGCUGAUGAUAAUUGAUGGUCAGCAGCUGCGGAAUGACCCUGCAGCUGUGAUGGACGAGGUGCAGAAGUUUCUGGGCGUUUCUCCAUACUUCAACUACUCCCAGGCUCUCACGUUUGAUCCUCAGAAGGGCUUUUGGUGUCAGUUGCUGGACGGAGGCAGAACCAAGUGUUUGGGUAAAAGUAAAGGCCGCAGAUACCCCCCGAUGGACGCAGAGUCUCGUGCGUUUCUCUCUCGCUUCUACAGAGAUCAUAACAUCGAGCUGUCAAAGCUUCUCCACAGGCUGGGUCAGCCUCUCCCUGCGUGGCUCCGCGAGGAACUCCAGAAAGUCAGGUAGCGCUAACCACACGCCUCGACCCUUCCUGCUGCUUCGGGGGUCAGAGGUCAAGGGAUCGUGACCGCAAAGGACUCCGAGCACCUGGACAGAGCACACCUGGAUGCUGAAGGGGGUGGAGAAUGAAAACAAAUCCACCAAUCAGCACGGAUGCUGGCCUGUAAGCCCUCGAACGGGCGUGCAACGUUGCCACGACAGCAUGGACACGGGAGCGUAUUCGGAGUGACUGCAUCAAACCUCAAACAUCAGAACAGCUUCACACACAAACACACACACACACACACACUACACACACACACUACUCCACCUGUCCUCCUUCAUCCUCCAUGCCGAGUAUUCAGAUUCUCCUGAAGGCCUCAUGUAGCUGGAUCAGGUGAUCAGGAGAUACAGGAUUAGGGCUUGAAUUAAAGUGAUAGUUCAGUGACAAAUCUAAUUUUCACAGUUCACCCAGAAUGUAAUGAUCAGCUCAUGAUAUGUUUGGUGUCUGAAGUUUCCUUCUUUAGUUUUGCGCUGGAGCUACAAGGCUAAUGUAGCUAAAAAGUAAUGGAAACUUUUGUGUAUGAAUUGGCAUUAUGCAAACUUUACAUAUUUACAUAUCAGCCUUGAAGAAACGUCGUUCCGUUUACUGUUUAAACUCGCUGUAAAAUGUGAGCAUGCAAGCAACAUCCCACCAAAACCCUAUACUAAAUAUACUCUAAAUAUACUGCAGCAUUUUUCACCCUUGAGUCGCAACUAUUUUGGAAAAAUAAUGGUUCGCUGGCUGCAUGAGCGACUUCUGAUUUAAAACUGAUGUUAGCAGAGACGUUAACGCUUUCAAAUGAAAGAGAAAGGAGCUGCUACUGUGCCACAUGAGGCAACAAGAAAUUUUUGCAUAUUCAACACCCUAUAAGAUUAUAAUUUCACCUAAGAAGACUUAAACUAAAGCUUUCAGUUCAGACUGUGAAGGGAAGUGAUUUCAGUGCAGAACAUGAAAAUAACUUGUAGCCAAAUCAUCAUAUCAGCCAAUCAGAUUUGACCACAAUCAAUAUUACCCACACUAUAAAACGGUCAUUUGGAAAAAAAUAGGCUAAAAACAAAACGUCAGUCCAGAAUGUCACAUCAUGCUGACAAGAAAAUGAAAUGAUUUAACUGUAGUAUUAAUUGACAUAGCAUCUUAUCUAUGAAAACACAAACAGCAGAUCAGACUCUGUGAUGACUGAUAAUAAUCAGGUCUGAUCAGAUCAGGGGUCGGAAAAUGAAUGGUGACCUCCCUAACUACACUGCAAGAUGAUGCCUAAAGUUGAAAACUGAAUUAUCUUGUGUAUUAGACUAAUCCAAAACACUUGGCCAACCAAAAUAUCCACGUGACAGCGGUCCUGUGGUCAAAACUGACCGCUGAUAAAGAACUAGAGGACAGCGGAGCUGAUAAAUGUGUGUAUGAAUUAAUCUCAAAGCGUAGUUUUUUUUCAACCAAUAGGUUUGAAUAAAAUAGAUAUGUAAUACAUGUCUUCUUAUGCUGUGAAAAAGACGUUGUCAUGUUGAUCAUUAGCCUCGAAACUCCAGUAUAAAACUAAAGAAGUAGACUUCAGACACCAAACACGUCUUGGCUGAUUGUCUACGUUUAGGAUAAGGAGAAAACUGUGUGCAUUAGAUUUUUGGUCAAACUCUUGCUGUGGACUCUAGCUCUUCAGGACUAGGGUCAGUCAUAAUGUGAAGUUUUUAUAGCCGCUGCUGAAAGACGUCAUUACCGCUCCAUGCUCAUCCUCAUCGAGCACCAACUGCGACGUUUAAAAGAAUUACUUUAUUGUUUUCAUUUUUCCUCCUGAGAACCUGCAGUUUAUUUUCUCUCGCACUGACCAUUACUCAAGUUCUAGAUUUGCACUCAUACAUGAACUCUUUACCAAACAACUGGUCAAGAACAGGGAUGGCACUGCAAAGGAAACGCACAGUCAGGCUGGACGCUGAUUGCGACGAGUCGUCGAUAAGCUGCUAGUUGAUGGAGUGAUGUCACUGACCGUCCUAAUCAAUACUGUUAAAAGGACUUGAAUGAACACGCGAAUGAAGCAAAAUCAAUUUAUUCUGAAUUAACAGUGAAUUAAACAGCUCGCUGCAGAUCAAAUCCUGAGAACAGUGUGUCUGUGGGUGAGUGAGCGCGCGAGUGGGUGUGUGCUUGUCUAGGUUAGCUAUAGCCAUGCUCAUUUGGCAGGAGCUGAUUGGUUCUUUGUGUGAAUUUUAUCCUUUUUAUUUUUCUUAUUUGAGAACGUUUGCCUCAUUUCCAAGAGAAAGUGCUUUGGAAAGAUGUACAUAACUAUAAAUAUAUAAAUAUAUAUUAAACACUGGAAAUAUGUUUUAGUAA